GCAAUCCCGUGGCUCAGCAGCAGCGCCGGCCACCUCGGCAUGACUCUGUCGCACUCCGAGGACGGCGGCUCUGUGGAAUGCGGCACCUCCGUGUUCAGCACCGGCCGCUGCGUCCGGCUCGACGAGGAGCUCCGGCCGCUGGGCACCGUGGCGCCCACAGCCCAGCGUUGUCCUACCUUCAUGGACAUCGUCCUGGUGCUGGACGGCUCCAACAGCAUCUACCCCUGGGAGGAGGUGCAGGCCUUCCUGGGGAACAUCCUGGGGCGCUUCUUCAUCGGGCCUGGGCAGACACAGGUCGGGGUGCUGCAGUACGGGGAGCGCCUGGUGCAGGAGUGGGCGCUGGGGGAGCACCCCACGGCCCAGAGCCUGCUGGAGGCCGCGCGGAACCUGACGCGGCAGGAGGGGAGGGAGACCAGGACGGCCAUGGCCAUCCGGGAGGCAUGCACCGAGUCCUUCAGCGAGGCGCGGGGCGGGCGCCCGGGGGCGGCGCGGCUGCUGCUGGUGGUGACGGACGGCGAGUCCCACGACGGCGACGAGCUGCCCGCGGCGCUGGCCGAGUGCGACCGGCGCAACGUCACCCGCUACGCCGUCGCCGUGCUGGGGCAUUACCUGCGGCGGCAGCAGGAUCCCGAGGAUUUCAUCCGGGAGAUCAAGACCAUCGCCAGCGACCCCGACGAGAAGUAUUUCUUCAACGUCACGGACGAGGCUGCCCUCAAUGACAUCGUGGAUGCUCUGGGAGAUCGGAUCUUCAGCCUGGAAGGCACCCACGGCGACAACGAGAGCGCCUUCGAGCUGGAGAUGUCCCAGAUCGGCUUUUCCGUCCACCACCUCGAGGACGGGAUCCUCUUCGGCAUGGUCGGAGCCCACGGCUGGGAGGGCGGAGUGCUGCAGGAGCGGCAGCGCGGCCGCGUGGUCCCGGCCCGCGACGCCUUCCAGGAGGAAUUCCCGCCGCAGCUGCGGAACCACGCGGCCUACCUGGGCUACUCGGUGUCCUCGCUGCAGCUCCCGGGGGGGCAGCGCCUCUUGGUGGCCGGUGCCCCCCGAUUCCAGCACAAGGGCAAGGUCGUCCUCUUCCAGCUGGACCCCCGGGGGACCGUGACGGUGGCCCAGGCGCUCGUGGGGGACCAGAUCGGCUCCUACUUCGGCAGCGAGGUGCUGGCCCUGGACCUGGAGGGAGAUGGGGACAGUGAGCUGCUGCUGGUGGCAGCGCCCUCCUACCUGGGGGGGCAGAGCUGGGAGACCGGGAGGGUCUACGUGUACCGUGUGGGGCAGGCCCGGCUGAGCCCCGCGGGCUCGCUGCUCCCGGAGCCGCGGCCGCAGGAUUGCGGGUUCGGCUCGGCGCUGGGCGCGGUGCCCAACCUGAGCCAGGACGGGCUGGCGGGGGCCGUGGUGGGCGCGCCGCUGGAGGACGGGCACCGAGGGGCGCUCUACGUGUUCCACAUCGGCCCCCGCUCGCUGCUGCCCCGCCGCGCGCAGCGCGUGGGGGCGGCGGCGCUGGGCUGGAGCCUCCGCUACUUCGGGAUCAGCGUGGACGGACGGGCGGACAUGGACGGGGACGGACUGGUGGACGUGGCCGUGGGGGCUCGGGGGGCGGCCGUGGUGCUGCGGUCCCGCUGGAUCCUCCAGGUGGCCGCGGCGGUGUCGGUGGAGCCGGCGGCCAUCAGCGUCACCCGGCGGAACUGCCGCCGCGGCGGCUCCGGCGCCGUCUGCCUCCGCGCCCGCCUCUGCUUCCGCGGGCGGAGCCGCGCCCCGAGCGCGCCCCCGGGGCUGGCUGUCGAUCUGCGCUACACCGUGUCCCUGGAGGAGCGGGUCCCGGGAUCCCGAGCUGCCUUCGAGCCCGGCGCCCGCCGGCUGCUGCAGCGCCGCGCGGAGCUGCGGCUGGGCGGGCAGAGCUGCGCCCGCGUCCCCUUCCACGUCCUGGACACCUCGGAUUACCUGCGGCCCCUGAGCCUCAGCCUCAGCUGGGCGCUGGGGGCGGCCGCCGGCGCGGUGCUGGAUGAGGCGGCUCCCACCUCGCUCCGCAAACUGAUCCCGUUUUUCAAGGAUUGCGGCGACGACGACGAGUGCGUCACCGACCUGGUGCUCAAGGCCACCACGGACAUCGUGGGCUCCAGGCAGAGCCCCCACAUCCUGCGGAAGGGCCGGAGGAGGAUGCUGGUGGAGGUGGAGCUGGAGAACCGGCAGGAGAACGCCUACAACGCCAGCCUGUGGCUGCACCUGUCUGAGAACCUCCACUUCUCCAGCCUCGUGCUCCAGGAGCCCAGCUCGGUGAAGUUGGAGUGCUCAGCCCUGGGGGGGCACCGCUGGCGCUGCAGUGUGGGGUACCCCGUCUUCCGCUCGCAGGCCAAGGUGUCCCUCACGCUGGAGCUGGAGUUCAGCUGCUCCGUCCUGCUGGACCUGGCCGAGGUCACGCUCAGGGCCACCAGUGACAGCACCGAGGUGACACCGCAGGACAACGUGGUCAAGCUGUCUGUCCCCAUCCGCUACGAGGCCAACCUGUUCCUGUCCAGCACCACCAACCUGCCCCGCUACGAGCUUCACCCCCCGGGCACGUUCACCGCCAGCCCCGGCCCCGAGUUCAGCACCACGGUCAAGGUGCAGAAUUUGGGGUGCUACCCCCUCCAGAACGUCACCCUGCACAUGGCCCUGCCAGCACUCGGCCAGCACGGCGCCACCAUGCUGUCUGUCACCGAGCUCCUGCCUGGAAACGCCACCUGCAGGCUGCACCCCCCCGAUGGAGGCACCCCGGUGGUCGCGGUGCCCCCCGAGGAUCUGCUGCACACCGAGAGGCUGGUAGGGCUGGCUGUGCCCCCCACCGGGGUUUGGGGGGGUCCCCAAAACUCCGGGGGGGUUCAGGGGGGUCCCCAACAUUCCAGAGGAUUUGGGGGGUUCAGGGAUUUGGGGGGUCCGGGGAUUUGGGGGUCCGGGGUCCCCACACUCCAGCGGAUUUGGGGGUCCGGGUCCCCGCCCCUCGCCCCCCAGGACUGCUCCAGCAGCCGCUGCCAGGAGCUGCGCUGCCGCCUGGGCCCGCUGCAGCGCGGCGCGGCGCUCUCCGUGCGGCUCCGGCGCAGCCUCCACCUGCGGUUCUUCAGCGCGGUGAAAUUCCGGAGCCUGCGGAUCGUGGGCAGCGUCUGCCUGGGGGUCGGGGGGGGGCUGCUGGUGCUGGAGGAGGGGGCUCAGUGCAGGGAGCUGGUGCUGGAGGUGCUGCGGGGCCGCCGCGUGCCCGUGUCCCUCUGGAUCCUGGGGGGCAGCGCCCUGGGGGGGCUCCUGCUGCUGGCCCUGCUCAGCCUCGGCCUCUGGAGGCUGGGAUUCUUCUCCCACCCAAAACCCCCCCGGGAGGAGGAGGAGGAUGAGGAUGAGGACGAAGAGCACUGAGGUGACAGCUCUGCUGGUGGCAGGAGGACACCCAGGAACGUCCCCCUGGGUCACAUCCCGGCGUUUGGGACGGGUGGAGGGACGAGGAGGAGCCCCCCCACCCCGAGGAUGGAGCGGGGGAACAUCUGGAACAUCUGGAAGUGGGAAAAGUGGGAAUGCCCUGGAAUGGAGCAGCUGCAGCAAUAAAGCUCCAGCCUGGGGAACUGCUGAUGGGCUGGGAGAGGAAAUUCCUUCAUCCGGGGGGGAAAAAAACUCAGGAAUGAUCCCAGAUGUGAC